AUGCAGUCAGGAAUCUCGGUCUCCUCGGAGCUACAUGAUGCCUUCAAUAACUUCGCCUCGGAUUCAUCAAUCUUUUGCCUCCCGGUGAAUAUCACCGCUGAGAGUCUGACUCCCCUUUCGCCGAUCCCCUUCUCCUCUCCGGGUGCCUUCUACCCCUCUCUCUCCCAGCUCUCCUCCGUCCUUCAACCGAAAACCCCUAUCUACCUUCUUCUUCGCCGUCCAGAGUCUGGGUCUUCGUCUCUCGUUGCAUUGACCUACAUCCCCUCCAAUGCUCCAGUGCGCGCCAAGACCCUUUUCGCUUCUACCCGUGCGACGCUGGUUAGGGAACUAGGCAGCGAGAAGUUUGCCUCGACUAUCUUCGCGACGGAAGAGGAUGAGGUUAUGGGCCAGGAGGCGUGGAAGGAGAGAGAUGCCGAGAAGAACGGCUCUAGCAAGAGCCGUUCUCAACGCGAGGAGCUGAUGGGCGAGAAAGAGCGAGAGCUGGAAGCCGUCCGGAGAGCCGAGGAUGAGGCGAGAAGUGGCACCCCCGGUAGGGACAUCGGAAUCGGGGGUUCCUUUGCUAGAAGAAAUGGUGGCAUCGGUGCACCAUCUAGCAUGCAGUACAAGAUGCCUGUAGAUGACGAGGCGAAGAAUGCUCUGGGAAGUCUGCAGCCGGGUGACUUGGUGCAGCUGGCCAUUGAUAUUCCAAGGGAGACAUUCGUCCUUGCUGGGGUAGAGAACGGGACUGUUCCUAGCUCCGUCGAAUCUCACAUCUCCCCAUCUUCACCACGUUAUACAUUUUAUCAUUAUCCUGAUACAGAUGUGGUGAUCUUCGUCUAUACUUGCCCAUCGGGUUCAUCGAUCAAGGAGCGUAUGUUAUAUGCUAGUUCCCGGAUGUACGCCCUCCAACUGGCCGAAGACCAAGGCCUGAAGAUUUCUAAGAAGGUACGAGUUGAUGUCGUGAGCAGAUGUUUGAUUGAGACAAGUUAACGAUGAGUGUGCAGAUCGAAGCAUCUUCGCCGGACGAGAUCACAGGCGACAGGCUGCAGGAGGAAGUGAGACCGCCACAGCACGGCGGACUAAACCGUGGAUUCGCAAGACCGAGAAGACCCGGCAGGUAGAGCGGUGCUCUCUUCCAGCUCCCUUAGAUUGCUAUUCU